UCCGCGGUCUGUUCAGGGUUUUGAGUCGGGUUUAAGACAUUAAUGGCAAACGAUUUGGUUAUCAGGGCCUUGAAAGGGAACGCUAAAUCUGUUCACCUGAGCUCUAGAAAUAUAAGAACUCUUUCUAAAGCGUUUGGGAAGUUAACCUGCCUGCUGGCACUACAUUUAAACAACAACCGCCUCGCCAGUCUGCCUACCGAAUUACAGUCACUGCAGCAGUUAACAGAACUUAAUCUGGGGAAUAACGUUUUUGAGGAGAUCCCACCUGUGCUGAAGCAUCUGAGCAGUCUAAAAAAACUCUACUUGUUUGGAAACAGACUUUCCACAUUACAUCCAGAGGUUUUAGAAGGCCUUCCAAACCUUACAGUUCUCAAUCUGAAUCACAACAGCAUCAGGCUCAUUCCUCCAGCCAUACAGAGACUUUCUAAUCUGGAAGUCAUUAGUCUUGUGGGCAAUCAGCUUGAAGAGAUUCCUGCUGAACUGGGACUGCUGAGGAAUUUGACUGAGAUUAAUGUGGCCAAUAACAAGCUGGCUGAAAUUCCACGGCAGCUUUAUAAUUUAAGACGUUUAAGGAAAGUGAGCUUGGCGAGGAACAGUCUGACAGACUUACCUGAGGGUAUCCUCGGCUGGGAAAACUUGAAGAUCUUAGAUGUCGCUGGUAAUCGCUUGUCUAUGUUUCCAUUUGAAUUUCAGUUUCUUGCGCUGGAAGAGUUGUUUUUUGAGGGAAACAACUUAGUGAAGCUUGAGCUGUUCGAGUCGACUCAAGAGAAGGAAGUCUUUUCACUGAAGGAGCUUGCCGCCAGGCUUAUUCUGAAAGAAGACUUGAAUAAGUCGUCUGUGGUGUCCAGAGCUCUGCGGUUUUUGCCCGAUCUGCAAACCAUGCUGUCUCGCUGGGGCAGGUGUGCUGUGUGCUUCCAGCCCUUUCAUACCACCUGGCUGGAGUGUGUGCAGUUCAUCAACCUCCGAAAGGACAUGAAGAUGAAAAAUUCACAGAAUAUUCCAGUGAGAGUCCUGCUGUGCUCAUACUCCUGCUUCAACAAGAGUGGACACUCCUACUAUGGGGUUGCUAGAGUAUAAUCAUCCAUAAAAG